GUCGGUUUUGCCUCUACUUGGAAUUUUGCAGCUGUCGUGCGCUGAUUCUGAAUCGGUUCGUGCAUGCUCAAUGCUAAGUCGUAUGUCGUACCGGCUAGAUUCGUGCAAAAAGUCGUACUGUCUGCAAUAUCGUAGUUUUGCUGUUUCCAAGAAUAAAGUACGGAGUCUGACUGUCUUUCAAUGUCUUUUUCCAACCAUUUUUUCCCUCAGGACCCCAUUGACCUAUGAUCUAUAAGUGGAGUAGUUACUCUUCGUUCGUUCGUGACCCCAGGCUAGGGCGGAGUCCAAAAUUGGCUACGGUGUUUAGAUUUUUGUUUCCUUUCGCGCAAACUUUCCAAAAAUUCGAGCACGUAGUUUAUUUUCCGAAAUUACCACCUGAUCCAUUUCCGCCUAUUAGCUCUGGGGUUACGCGAACGAUAGCUAGUUGUUCUUUUUUUCUACUCUUAUUUUUAUGUUUCAAGCAGCUACUCCACUUAUUCAAGUUUCACGUCAUGUAUCCGUUCUUUUUGAUACUAUUGUCUUUACGCACAUCUCGCAAACAGUUUUUACACGAUGUUUCUCUUUCUAUUUCUUUUCCGUCUAUUGAACUAUUAUGA